AUGAUACCAUCAAGUGGGGUGUUAUGCAUUAAGAGGUUCAAUGGUGUGCACACUUGUGGGGCUGCUGUACGUACUUAUAGGAACCCUCGUACGGGGUCUAAUUUGGUGUCGACUAUUGUUGCGGAUCGGGUGCGUGAGCAGCUAUUGACGUGCCUUACUGAUGUGGUGUUUGAUUUGAAAAACGAGUAUGGGUUGGAGAUUAGUUACCGGGUGGCAUGGUUGGGUAUUGAGAAAGCGAGAGGCGAAGUGUACGGGGAUCAUGCUAUGUCGUUUGACCAACACAAGUGGGGCCAACGAUAUGGUGAGAUGUGUUCAAACGCUGCUGAAUCGUUCAACAAUUGGGUAGGUGAGGUCCGUCAUCUGCCGAUUACUGGAUUGGUUGACAUGAUAAGGGGUCAAAUAAUGGAGCAGAUGUGGGAACGUAGAGUUAAAUGCACUAAAUGGUCUGGUGUAAUAUGUCCGAAAAUGGAGAAAAAGUUGGUCAAGGCGUAUAAUGAAAGUAGGGCAUGGUGUGUAAGCCAGGCAAAUAAUGAUGUGUACGAGGUUCACUCCCACCCAUCGGUGUUGGUUGAUGUCGGCAAGCAGACAUGUUCUUGUUUUCAGUGGCAGAUAAAUGGGUUUCUGUGUUCCCAUGUUGUUGUCGCAUUUUGUAAUAGUGAGAUAAACAUUUACGAUUCGAUAGACCGUGCAUUCUACAUCGAUACAUUUCGUGCUAUGUACAGCGGGACAAUAUAUCCCAUCCCAACAGUUGAGAAGCCGAUGUUCAACCUAACUGAAUAUUUUAUAGCACCGUCAAAGGUGAAGCGUCCGCAUGGUAGGCCCAAAUGGAAGAGAAUUCCUUCUAAGGGCGAGGUAGUGCAACGUAUUCGUUGUGGACGUUGCAGAAAAUUGGGCAAUCACAAUAGGAAGACAUGCAAAGAGCCGUUAUAG